AUGGCGACGCUCAACCGGAAAUACGCCAACCUUCCUGACCUUGACUCGGCUCCAGACAUUUACGAAACACCAGAACUGACUGACGACAUUUCUACCGUCCCCACUACGACCGGCAGAUCGCAAUCAGACGAUGAACUCGAUGACCAGGACGACGAUGACGCAACGGGCAUCUCUCGAUCCCGCCUCCGCAUAGACGAGGCCAGGUCCCGUUUCCUCCCUUACAGCGUCGAUGCGACGUCCGCCGACUUUUCCGAUCGCGUAGACGGCAAGCGAAAGUCCUACAGGACGUCUACGCGACGACGACGCAUUCUACACGACGGUACCGCGGAGAUUGGCGAUUUCAGCGACGACGAUGACGAGCAAGGGGAGAGGCUGGACCGCAAAAUUGCACGAUUGCAGCGGGAGAUUGCGGAAGCCAAGGAAGAAUAUGGGAAGAAGGCAGCUGCAUCAGGCUCGCAACCACCGGAGGGCGAUGGCGACCAGGGCGAGAAGCUUGCAUCUCUCAGCGAGAUCCUCGCCGAGAUAUCCGGCAUCAGCGAAUCCUCCAUACGGGCCACCUCACGGCCUGCGAAACCUGCCGCCUCCACCUCAGCCUCCGCCUCCCUGGCGGUAGAAUCCACGGCGGCGCCAGCGGAAACAGGGUUGGCUUCUCUCGACGGCAGCGCGACAUAUACCGUCACCUACGCACCUACCUACGAACAGAGCCACGCACUGGCCAAGGCGGCCGAUUUCGACCGCCGGCUCGUCCUCCUGGAGAGGGCCAUCGGCAUCAAUUCUGCCGCCUUGCCCGAGGUGGACGUCAACGGUCUCCCGCGCGCCAUCCUCCCCACCCUGGACGGACUACAACGGCAGAUCGUCACCUUGUCACAGGCGUCGACGACAAACCUCGACGCCAUCUCCCGGCGCGUCAGGACCCUGACGCAGGAGGCCCAACAGCUCGAGAAGGCCCGCCAGGGAGCCAAGAGCGCCCAGGAGGCGCUGGAGGCCCAGGGCGUGGCCACGGAGAGGCCCGAGGACUCGGAGCAGGCUGCCAAGAUCAAUGCGCUCUAUGGCACCCUGCCUACCAUCGAGAACCUCGCGCCACUGCUUCCGCCCCUGCUUGACCGCCUCAGGUCCCUUCGGGCCAUUCAUGCAGACGCCGCAUCCGCGAACGAGAGGCUUGAGCGCAUGGAAGGGCAGCAGGCGGAAAUGGCAGCCGACAUGAAGUUGUGGAGAGAGGGUCUAGAGAAGGUCGAGGAGUCCAUACAACAAGGUGAUGCUGCCAUGAGUGGAAAUAUGAAGGUUAUGGAAGGUUGGAUUAAGGAUCUGGAGGCCCGGAUGGCGAAGCUUUCUUAA